AUGGGGCCGUUUGACAUCACACGAAGAUGCCAACCACCGGCAAUUUGGUGUUGCAUUAAGAAGACUCUUACCGAUCGGCAGGGGUUGUUCGUAGCCAGUGCUAUUUAUCUUGACGUUUGCAGAAGCAAAGUCUCGUGUGACGAUUACGCGCCAUAUGAUCUUGAGCAGCCAGGAGUAACAAAGAGAUCCUGCAGGUACAACUCCGAACCCUCAAACUCCACUUCCAUCUCAGAGUCGACGGUUAGCGGUGAAGUCGAAGGAGAGAAAUUCAAGCCAGUCGGAUACACCUCAAUUUUAAGCUUAAAUCUCACUCCAGCGGCAUCCCAUCACUCACCCUCAAACUUCCCAAUCCACGUCAAACACACCGCGCAGCACAAUGAGGAUACCACGGUCGAUAGGCUCGUCGUCAGCCGUCCUGACCUUUCUCGUGUCUCUUACAGCCGCAAACAACAUCCCGCCCCUCGGAUAUUCCCCUUUCGCCACGAUGGAGAAGCGCGACGCCUGUCCUGCUAACUACGUAAGCUGCGACAGUCUGGGCUCUGCGUUCUCUGGCAUCUGCUGCGCUGGGGGGCAAUACUGCGCGCUCGACACCUCCAACCAGCCCGCCUGCUGUCCGUCGGGUGCCGUAUGCACAGGGACUGCCGCAUCGACGGCUACGGGGACCGUAACCUCGGUCUCCUACGUCACCAACUCGUACUUCGCGUUCCCGGCCAUUGCGACGUCUUUCUCCAAUGCAGGGGCCUGUUCGGCGGCCGUCAGUGCGUGCUCGAGCAACUACGCAUUGUGCACGUCCGAUCUGGCGUCGGGGACAGGCGGGUAUGCGGUCACAAUUUCCGUGCCGGGAGGCGGUGGUGUUACGCAGCAGCCGACGCACACGCAGCUUGCGGUCAGCCAAGCCACGAGUAUUUGCGCGGGCCUGAGCUCGGCGGCCUGCCACGGAUUGUCAGCGAGUAGAUGCGCAACGGUCGGAACCACGGGGGGCUUUGUAGUAGGCACGGCGAAUGCAGCUAUGCCAAGGAUAACAGCUGCGCCAUGUAUAGUAGGGAUGGUGGCCGGUGUUGGUCUUGGAGUCCUGGGUGGGGCAUUUUGAGUGGCUUCUUAGGAGAAAGCAGCAUCAAAGAGCAUGAUGGAAUCCAGAUCUGAUGAAGACGAGCUCAGACUUGAGUUUAACUCCAGACGAUGACGAUCUACGGGGGAAGUGAAGGUGUCAUGUCACAGACAAGGAAGGUCGAUUAGCCACGAGAGAGUCUCGGUUUUUUAUGUCUCAUCCGUGGGUGACAGUGGAGCGCGGAUUGAAUGACUUCUACGACCGUCAUGAUUGUAUUUUGAUCAAGUACAUAUAUAUAAACUGGU